UGAUGUUCACAAGACAAUUCCUGAAAUGAUACACCAAGGCGCCUACAAUGGCACUUAGAACCAAGAAGAUUUCCUUAUUAAGGCCUUCUUUGGUCCAUAAGAGCUGAGCUUUCAUGUCUACAGAAGAUACUUCAGAUCAUAAAGAACAAAAGACUGGCAAAACUGAUUAUGAGCAGAGGUUCGGUAAAAACAGAAAAUAUGAAAAGCCAGAAUUCCUUAAAGAAGACUAUGACCAUUUAGGUGCAGAUGACUUUAUUGAAGAAGAUGAAUUCCUUCCUGAAUUCUUCUCUAAAGAUAUCCCAGACUACAAGAGAAAUCCCAAAAAUCUGAAUAUUCCAUGGCUGAUCAAUGGUGUUCCUGAGAUGGAAAUCAAGCAGAGGUUUCUUGGGGACCAGAUUUUCUCGAGAAUGAAGAUCCACAAGGGAGAAGUCCUAGAGCAUCUAUAUAAAAUCUUCCGGGCUACACUUCUAUCUGCUGCUGAUAGAGAUUACGACUUUCUCAAAGAGUACUGAGAAGAAACCUUUGCUGAUAAAUUGAUCAAGAGGCUCGAGAAUUUAAGAAAGGAGGGGCUCACGUGUUCAUAUGAAGAAGACAUGAGGCCCAUUGAAGUUGAGGCCAACAUGUAUGAUACCACUGUGAUAAAAGGAGUCAAUAUCCAUAGAAAGGAAAAUGGGAGUGAAGAUGACUACAUAAUUCAUAAUGACUUGGAAGAAAUGGGUUUCAUUUCAUAUGUGCCUAAGUACAUCACUAAGUCAGAGAGCUUCACUAAUCCGAAGACUAAUGAAUAUAUGCACACUGACGCCCACCGAAUAAUCUUUAGAGCCUAUGUAUGCUUCAAGAGUGGAUAUAAAAUUCACUUGAAAGAUUCUAAUGGAAAAUCAAUCUUUGAUUAUCCCGAAGAUUACACAUGGCAACACGUUGGCGUCUUUGAGUCUGAGAUGAUCGGGCCAGAAAAGUUUAACAAAUGGAGCCUUAGUGAAAACCUGAUGGAAUGGAUUGCCAAGCAUACUUUCGGAACAUGGAAAAUGGUGGAUCUCGAUAAUUGGCUUGUUGGAAACCCUCUUGUGAUUCCUAAAUUUGAAAUCAGAUCCAGGACUUAUGAUGAUAUCCAGUCUUUCUAGAAAAUUAAAGCAGGUUCAAUAUCUA